AUGAGUUGUACUGAUGUUAUUGAUUCAUUCCGUAAUCAAGAUAAUUUUAAUAAAUAUUCAUUAAAUCAAUUUACUUUACAUGUUCAAGUUGUAUUACCAGGUAUUGAAACAACAUUUCUUUCUGUACGUAUUCAAAAAUUUAUUUAUUCAAAUAAAAUAAAAACAAAAAUGAAUCAAUCAACAAAUGUUGAAGUACGCGGAAAUUAUCAUGAUAAUAUAUGUGGUAUUGAUCAAGAAGGAACAUAUAGUCUUGAUUUAUGGAUAUUUCCAGUGGAUAAUAAAAUAGAAGAACCAAUAUUUACAUUUGAAAGUAUUAUUAUUCAACAAGUUCAAGGUGUACAAUCUGGUCAAUGUAAUCAAGACUUAAUUGAAUCAAUAGAACCAUUUAAUGAAUUAGCUACUUAUUAUGCUCAAAUGGCAAUUAAAGAUCUUGAUUUAAAUCAACAACAUCAUCCAUCAUUAAAUGCAUGUCAUUCUCUUGCUUCAACUUUACAUGACAGAGUAACAUGGCAUUCAACACAUCUUCGUCUUAUUCAAUUAAUUGAACGUUUUCCUCGUUUAGAACCAUUUUUAAUCAUAUUAAAUAAAUAUGGUUUACAUUUAAAAGAUAUUCUUAAUGGAGAAAAAAAUGGUUUAGAUAGAUUUGUUGGUGAUGAUGAAGUUAGAAAAACUUUUCAACAAAUUAAAACUCUUCUAAAUUCUGAUCCAAUACAAUUUGCAAAUGCUCAACAAACAUUCAAUAUAUAUAUAAUUAAUCAAAGAAAUUUAUCUAUUAUUUAUGAUGAAACAAUUGAUUUAUAUGAUAGUAAAACAUUUGAUAUUAUAUUUUCUUCCAAUCAACUUCAAGAAAAUCAAGAUUUAAUAAAUUCUUUAAUCGAUCUUCGUCGUUUACUUGAAUUAGUUCAUAUUUCUCAUUAUUUUCAUCUUAUUGUUGGAUUUAUUGAUCAAUGGUGA